AUUUUUCUACGUGCCUUUUUGAAUAUCUCUGUGGUAAAGGUACCUCACAAUCACCACAUGAACAGCUCCAUGUCUUCAACCUCACAUCCUCCUGAGCAUCACCACCCAACGACAUCCUCAGAACACAGUCAUGGAUCUGACAUGAUGAUGAUGGCAAUGACUUUCCACUUCAGCUAUGAGAAUGUGCCAUUGCUGUUUUCUGGACUUACAAUCAAUACUCCUGGAGAAAUGGCUGGUGCUUUUGUGGCUGUCUUCUUCCUGGCCAUGUUUUAUGAAGGCCUUAAGAUUGCCCGGGAAUGUCUGCUCCGUAAGUCCCAGGUCAGCAUUCGCUACAACUCCAUGCCAGUGCCAGGUCCCAACGGCACCAUCCUGAUGGAGACACACAAAACUGUGGGACAGCAGAUGCUGAGCUUCCCUCACCUCCUGCAGACUGUGCUGCACAUCAUCCAGGUCGUGGUCAGUUACUUCCUCAUGCUGAUCUUCAUGACAUACAACGGAUACCUCUGCAUAGCCGUGGCAGCUGGGGCAGGGAUGGGCUAUUUCUUCUUCAGCUGGAAAAAGGCAGUUGUUGUGGAUAUCACAGAGCACUGCCAUUAACAGUGGACACUGCCCAGAAGCCUCUCCACCCUACUGCUCUCUUGAAGAAAAGGGAUCUCUUGAAGGGAGGGAUCCUUCCUAAGCUGAAAGAGAAUCAAUAUACAGAAAAUCAACUGGAGUUCACCACAGGUUCCUGGCUGGGGUGCAGGGAUGUGAGGAGCUGGGGUGUGCUGCUCCCUUGCUGCAGGGCAGCAGUGUUGACUCGAGGGUCCCAUGGUUGCCACUCUGGGCCAGGAUUUGCUUUACUCUUAGAUUAUGCCGUGAUUGAAA